CGAGUGAGCAUCGAAAGGGGGCGGAUUUAUAAAAAUGAAACUUUGAAAAAGAACAGCAGGACACGGAGAUGCUCGUCGUGCUGGCCAUUCUGAUUUCUACCACAGUCGCAAACUUUCACUUCUCCAUCCCACAACCCGAAGUGAGGGCAUCUCUCUAUUCAGAUGUUCUGCUGCCCUGCACUUUCACCGAUGCGGACCAAGAAGUGGAUCUUAAUUAUCUGCUGGUCAUCUGGAAGCAGGACAAUAAUGAGCUGCUCAGGUACCAGGCAGGCCAGAAGACCUUCAGUAACAAGUUUGCAGUGUUUGAAAGUGAGCUCCAGCAUGGCAAUGCCUCUCUCCUACUACGGAAUAUCACUGUCGGUGAUGAAGGGGGUUAUGAAUGCGAGGUCAUCGAUACUCCCGACUCAGGAAAAGGCAAAGUUAACCUUAAAGUGACAGCUGCUCCUAAAAUCUCCUUGAAACCCCCUCUGGUUGUGAUGGGUGAGUCAAAUCCCCUGGAGUGCCACGCGGAUGACUUUUACCCUGAAGAGAUCUUCUUCGAGUGGCUGAGGGACUCCAGACUACUCCAUCUUCCAGUGCCUUCACAAUUGCAGAAAAACUCAGACGGCACCUUCAGUGCAGUGAGCCUCUUCUUCUAUACCCCGACCAACGAUGACACGGGUGUACUCUUCUGCUGCCGGGUGAAGCAUGACUCUUGGCAUGAGCCACUGGAUGAGAAUUUCCUUCUGAUGUUCCGCAGACGUCCAUCUGUGACAAUCACCCCCACAACACUACUUCAAGGUGAGGAGCAGGCCAUUAUGUGCAAAGUCGAUGGCUAUUACCCAGAUGAUAUCAUCGUGACCUGGAGAAGAAACGGGAAGCCGCUCAAAAAAAUUGAGGAGAAGAGUGACGGCACGUUUGUUGUGUCAGAGUCGUUCAUGUUAACUCCUAAAGCCAAGGCGGAGGAGGAAGAGCAGGAGACGUUCUCCUGUGAGGUGAAACAGGAAGGCUUUGCAGAGCCACUCAUUAAGAAUAUUCAGUUCAAGAUAGAAGGUAAACCCAGGAGUGCUGCCGAAGUAAUUGGGAUCACAAUAGCUGUCAUUUUGGUUAUCCUACUUCUGCUGGCGUUCCUGUUCUACAGGCUUUACAAGAAAUAUCACAGAAGAAGCUACUUCAUGUCUGAUAUCAUUGUUCCUUCAAAAGUAUUUGUGGGUCAGGAGGUCACACUGGAGUGCUUCAUCGACAGACACUUUAGGGAGGAACCCACAUGGUGGAUUAAAGGCUCCAACGAGUGGGAAAAUGUUUCUUGCGACCACAGAUAUGUGAUAAAAAACACGGUGUGCAAGAGUUCAAUUCUUCACUGGAGAUUACAGAAUGGCAAUGAUGAGGAGCAAUCUCUGAUAAACACCCAGAGUCCUCAAAAGAGACACACUACUUUGACUUUUGUUACUGAUUUGAAAAAGCACGCCAAUGUGGCUUUCAAAUGUCAGAUUACCCGCAUAUUGCUAAACCCGAAGAAGGAAGUGACCCGUACAAAGGAGACCAAGCUCAGACUUUUAGCAUACCCCUCCAUUUCAGCCAUUAAAGACAUUUCAGUGUUCCCUAAUGAAGAUGAGGAUGGGAUGCUAUGGAUUAAAGCUUCGGACUUUUACCCUAAAGAGAUUCGGUUCAAUUGGCCAGAUUCGGUGUCAUCAGAGACACAGAGCUGCAGUGUGGACAAACAUGGACUCUACAGCACAUACAGCCAAUGCAAGGUACCCAUGGAGCGUCUCAGGGACCCCGAGUUUGUGCUGCAGGUGGACAUCACUCACGACUCCCUGGAAGUUCCUUGUUCCAAGCGAAUAAGAGGGGGCAUCCCAGCAUGCUAG